AUGUCAAGCCAAUCAAAAAUAUCAUUAUAAUUAUUUAAAUUAUUUAAAAUAAAACUGCUAAAUAAUUAUUAAUUUUUAGAAUUCACUGAUAUACAUAUAUAUAUAUAUUAGAAAAAAAUAAAAAGUUUUCCACUUAAAAUUUUGUUCGUGAGGCAAUCCAUGGUAUUUUCUUGUAUAACAGAUGGGCCAAAUCAGGAAUUUGUGCUGGGAAAAAUCAUGCAUGCCAUGUUUUUGUUCCACCACUUCUGAUGCAAAGGAGGAGAGUUUUCAGGGAUCAUCAAGAACUUUGAUGAGGAAGUCUUCUGGAGGAUCUGACCUGAAGAGGAAACAGAACAAGUCCAGAUCAAUCAAGGGUGGAAAUCGCCCUUCCAUUGUUUUAUCUAAUGAUGCAGAUAUGUCCACUAAUCUUUUGAAAGCAACGAGCUGUUCUGAUGUGAACAAAUGCUCUCAAAUGCUUGACUCAAGCACGCAUAAAGCUGCGAGUUCUUCAGUUCUUAAGGAUUCCAAGUUUCCUGAACCUCAAUCAGGAGGAGGUGAAUCUGAAGGAAUUUCAGCCAUGAAAGUGUGCACAUAUAAUUAUUGUUCAAUUCAUGGCCACCGCCACUCUGAUUUAUCUCCAUCAAACAGCUUUGCAUCAAUGAGGCGACGUAUGUCGAAGACAGAGAAAAGUACAAAAAUGGAAAGCCAAUCCUUUCACAGAGCAAAACGUUCCAGUAACACAAAGAAAGGAAUGAAGCCAGCCAAAACGAACUGUCUCAAAGACCCGGCAGUUGUAGAACCACCCCAAAAGAGGAGAGCAAUCAGAAAAAUGGCCGCACCAAAAGAUGAAUUAAAUGGAGAAGGCACUCAUCGCAGACAUUAUGAAGAUAGCAGCAAUUCUGAAAGUGUUGAUGAGAAUCUUCAUCUGUAUCUGAAAGAGAAACUACAGCUCAGCGAGUUCUCCAAAGCAGAAAGAAGCGUUUUGGAACCAUGUUUGUUGAGGGAUAAAAGUAAAGAAGGAAUUGUUGCAUCCAACUCUCAUAAGUAUGUUCUUCCUGUUGAUCAUCCUGAGCACACUAAUAUCAUCUUACAAAAGGUUGGAGAUCCUGGAGAGUGUGAUAUGCUGCCGUUUGAUGAUAUUGCUUGCACCUGCCAUGAGGAAAUUCCAAUGGGUGGAAGAAUUCACCAAGAUGUCAAUGAAGAUGGAAUUUCAAGUUUGAACUUUGAUGUGUACAAAAGUGGUUCAAAAUUGAACACUUCAGAGGCAACUCCUUCAACAAGUGUAGCUAAAAAGCCAAUUGAUAAAUCGAGAAGCCUAACCACGAAAACAUUUGUGGAAUCAAGAGCAAUCAAUGAUAUGAUUUCUCCUGCUUCCUUAUCUGAACAACUAGAUGAGCAUACUGCAAACUGCAAGGAAAAGAAUGCAGAUCCUGUGCAAGACCGUCAGUUCCCAAUGACGGAUUCAGAGCCCGAUUGCAACAAUCCUGUAGGAGAGAAAACCCAAAUGGAAAAGCAGAAACAUAUGGGAUUGUGGAACCUGAUAUAUCAACAUAUGGUAUCAGGCAUUGCUUCAGACGAUGAAAAGCAGCCACUUCUUAAGAAAAUGGAUAAGGAAGAACAAGGAGAAGAUUCAAACACUUUGCCUGCAAUGAACAAUUCAGAUUCUUGUUCAGAUUUUUGUGGAGUAGGUCAGGGCAUGGAGGUGUAUGAUCACGAUAGAGGCAGCCAUAAUAUUCAGCUUUACCUUCACAAUGCCAUUAAAUUGGUAAAGGAAGCAUUUGACAUAAUCCUCUCUGAAAUUCCUGACCACUCAUCUGAUGAUCAAUCAAUUGCGUAUAACAGCGAUUCAGACAAGGGAGAAAAGAAUCAUGGUGCAAGUGGGGAAUUGAGGAUGUUAGCUUUCUCUGAUUCAGGCAAAGAAAGCAUGGUGCAAGAUCUGGAAGAAAUGCGGCACAAAGAAUAUAAUAUAAAUGGGCCAAAAAGAAAGGAAGCACAAUCAAACAUGGUAAGCAAGUCUAAACAGCAACAGCCCAAGAGCUGGAGUAAUCUGAGAAAGAUAAUUAUCCUCAAGAGAUUUGUUAAAGCAUUGGAGAAGGUGAGGAAUUUCAAUCCGUGGAAGUCACCGCAUCUGCCAGUACAGCCUGGACGUGAAGCGGAUAAGAUUCAUCUACGGCAUCAGACCAUGGAAGACAGAAAAACUUCUGAGGAAGGGAUGCUUGAUUGUGCACUUCAACAUGUUAUUUCUAAACUAGCCCCAGCCCAGAAAAGAAAAGUAGCUUUGCUUUUUCAAGCAUUUGAAACGGUCAAUCCAUUACUGGAACCUGGUACCAGUCCGAGGUCUAAUGUAGCAGCUUCUUCACUUGCAUCUCCAGUUCAGACUGCUACUGCUUCCUCAUAUGAAAAAGGUUCUAGAAAAGGGAAAGAAACCAAUUCUGGAAUCUCUCUUCAUAAAUCAUCACGCCCUGACAUAAUUUACAAAGAUGAUCAAGACCAAGUCAGUGACUCCUGCACAGCAAAAGAGGGCAUUCCAAAGUCUUGUUCUGAGCUCAAUGAACCAAGUUCAAAAUCUGGUUCCACUCAUAAUGCACCUAGUAUUUUGACUUCUGAAUUCACUUCCAUAAGCUUGAAGGAACAUUUUGGAGCUCUCAAUCCUGAUAAUAGCUACCACAAUUACAUUGCCAAAGACGAUGACCCUGAUUCUAUUAGUUACCGUUUCGUGGAGCGAGGAGAAGCUACACAAACAGAACGGGUUGAGUCUUCCAAGACUGCCACUGCAGAGGAUCAGAAUACUCUGGCUCGCAUUGAGCUUAUACUGGUGCAGAUAGAGCAGAGAAUGUUGCGAGUAGAGCAGGAUAUUUCUCAGAUGGAUGCUCUCUUUCAGCAAAUAGUCUCGUUGCUAACUUCCCCAGCUCCCCAGUGAUGAUGAUCAUUAUUUUAUAUCCUUUUGCGAUAUAUAUAUAUAUAUCCCUAUUUUGUUGGAUAGCACAUUUUAUCAUCUCCCCUCAUUUUGGGAUAUUACGUAUUUACAUAAGAUGAUGUAUAUGGGAUGUACAAGUAUGGUUGUAGGAGGGCUAUUUUGAGUAAUUGUAUGUUAUAUGUUUUCUUUUC